AUGGAGAAUAAUGGCAAGUCUGGUCAGAUAGCCCCAAGACUGGUGGUCAACCCGAGCCAGUAUGAGGUGAACGCCGCGAAGAUAGCCGAACUAAAGCGAAUAGUAGAGGACAUGGAGAAGCAGAACGAGACAGGCUAUGUGAGAUAUCAGCUGGAACAGCGGAUUCGAGAAGGGAUGCAGGCGCAGGAAAUGCUAGCCAAACUUACCGAAGCUCAGGCUACAAAUCAACCCGUAGCAUCGUCUAGCGCGUCGAACGUGAGCCACUAUUCUAAUCCCAACAUGCCCGUCCCACUCGCCGAGGUCGAGGAAUAUGCAAGGGUGCCUACUACCGCGCAUAUUGUGGAGGUGACUAGUCCAUCUCAGAGCACGCGCGCCACGUCCAGAACGUCAAGCGGCACUACGGUACCCCAGUCCAGCCAUGGAAGUGCUGCGUCCCCAUCUUUGACAAGCUAUGGUCUCAGCGCAUCCUCCAGUGGCACCAACCAGCAAAUCUAUGGUCAACAGCAACCCAAUGGCAUCCAGUACGGCGCGCAUCGUGUAGUGCCCGGAUACGGGCAGUAUCAAAUGCAAGCCGGCAACAACCCUGCAUCACAAACCUAUGGACAAUCUACUGCGGGUGCGUCGACUUCGCAAUGGCAGGCUUAUGCGGCGUCCAGCUCUUCGUAUGGACACGGCCAACCCCAGGUUCAGCAUCAAACCGUCAACCCCAUGGAACUUUAUCGGCGACAUUUGUACAACCGGCAGAUCCAAAUGCAGAUGCAGUACGGAAUGGCUGCCCAGCAACAUCGGGCUGCUUCCGGCUCGAACGUAGACCCGAAUAACAGGACUUCAUCCAGUUUGAGUGGGGCUUUGGGUCAGGCGACUGCUGGCGGUGCGAGUGCCACAGCACCGUCGAGAACUGUAACUCCGACAGCAACCAUCUCCAGUGGACCUUCUUUGCCCUCAAACCGGCUGAAUAGCCAUCCGAAUGGCGCAACUGCAACAGCAGCAACUUCAUCCACUGCAACUCCCGCGCACUUUACCACGGAACUUCUGGCACGGCAGUUAAGGGAGGCCUACGCUCACGACCAGCAGAAGAGUCGACGGUCGGCCGCUUCGUCGCCAAUUGGAGUACCGAAUCGAAUGAGUGCUCAUCCGCAUGCACCCGAUGCUGGGCCCAAGCUGGUCCGACCCGAGUCUGCUCAGAGCGCGCAAGCGUCUCAGGGAAACCCUACAACAGCACAUGCGAAGCUUGUCACUCAACAAAGACCAGAUCAUCAUAUCAUGUCACAGUCUCCGAAGUCCUCCGCGGCGUCCAUCGCGAAUACAGCUAUAUCAUUCGCUCAAGGGGCCGGAGCGCAAGCGUUUAACAACAAUGGCGAAGCAGCCACAUCCGAUCGCUCUCAGCAAGGCAACGUCCCAAAGCCUACUGUAUACUAUUCCUACCCUGGCUUCCCCUACCAACAGUACCGUUAUGCGCCAUAUCAUCAGUAUUAUGGUUCUACCUCCACCAGCACGGCCAACCAAGGAAACCAACGGCGCGCGCAAAUGGAGAAUGCGGGUGCCCUGCCCAGUCCCUCUGUAGCCGCUGCUCCUGGGCCAGCUGCUACAAACACCCUAGGGCAUCGUGUUUGGGUCGGCUCGCAGACUGCUCCCUCUAUUGCGAGACCUAAGAGUCCUCUUACGCCUGCAAAGGCCGAGAAGCGAAGACUAGCGCGAGAUAUCCUCAGAGCGCUCGGGAAACCCGAAUGGCGUGAGCUGGUGGAUAAACGCGAUAUCCAGACCAUUGGGGAGGCGUCUAUUGUUACGAAUUCCGCAACUCAGGCAGAAUCCAGAGAGGGCGAGGAUGGAGAAGACUCGGAGCCUGAGGCUCCUGGUCAGUCGACAGUGCUCGCGGAAAUAGAUGGUUCUGCGACAGUAGACUCUUCUCUGGAAUCUGGUCUCACCCCUCAAGUUAUCAUGGCUUCACUCGAAGCAGAUGCCGAAUCCGCUAGUCCGUCGAAAGUGGAUGAUGUGAAACGGUCUGAUCAGCCUGGGGACCUUGCUAUCGCGACGCAGCGGAGUAAGAGUCCUAGAUCACGAAACGCUCAGCCAAAACGAAAAUGGAGCCCGGGGCUUGCCCUGCACACUGACCAAGGCGAGAGGAAGAGACAGAAGGUGGAUGGUGACGUAGUUGAGGAAGAGCGCGACACCUCGCAACCACCGAUUGCAGUACUGCUGGACAGCCCCAUAGCUGAGUCGGAGACUCGGGAUUCCCAGGAGACGGACGAGGGACCUGUCAAUCAGAAUGUACCCAAGGAACCCUUGGCGGCAAGUCCAGGUAUUCCUGAAUCUCAGCUACGGUCUGCUAGCACUCCCAGGAAACUUGUCUCGCAGUCGACAUUCCCCGCUAUCCAUGAACGUACGCCUCUAUUCCUCCCUUCCCCUGUAUCAUCACCGUCGAGGAGAGCAUCUACCAAAGACGCCGCAGAGCCUCCGCUCGACACCGCGCGGGGUUCUAGUGCACAAUCUUCGCCUACCCUACGCACACUGGCGCCGAGAAAGCCGCGGAUAGUGCUGGACUAUGUUGAGGUGCCUCCGUCGCCGGAGUGGGGUUCGAAAAAGAAAGCAGUAAAGCCAGACAAGUCAGGAAGCAAACGGGGAGAGGCGAGGUCGAAAAAGCAGAGUGUCCGGAAGCUGGCCACUGGCAGCGCUGUGACCGAUUCUAAUUUAGUAAUCAUAUCUGACGAUGAGAGUACCUCGACCGGUCGAAGACGAGUGUCAGUAGUUGAAUUGAAUGGGGAGCUCGAGGAAAGGGCGUUCGUAGAAUCAGCUAGCCGGCUUUGUGCCCGACGCUGUCAGUGGCGGUCAUGCGAUGCUGUUCUGAACUCUGUCGACAAUCUCCUACGUCAUCUCCUGGUGGUACAUUUGGAGGAGGAAUCGGAUGGCACUUCUCCCGACGGCUCCGUAUGUCUUUGGAAAGACUGUCAGAAGAGGUCGUCGGACAUGAUGGAAUCGGACAAACACCUCGAAGCCCAUGCCGCGCUGCCCAUUCCCUGCGCUUAUCAAGGGUGCGAUGUUACUGUGGGCACGGUGUCGGAGCUCGUGCAACAUAAUGCAUCCAAGCAUCGGGAAGGCCGGCUCAAGCCUGAAGUGGACCCAUUCGACCCACCCCUCCGCCAGUUGGAAUCUUUGGAAGACGUAUCCAAGAAGCUACCCUCACCACUUUACUCGUCGUUUCUUUCAGUGUCCCCUUGUCCUAUAUCUCCGUCACGUCAUGCACAAAUUGGCCCUUGGGUUCUACGACGGAUAUUUGGUCCCGUCAACCUGCAGUAUGCUCAGUACAAUGCGGCGGCUCCGUUGCGUCCUUCACAUCGUCUGGCAGACCAGGACGCAGACCCGAAAUCAGUCCUUGCUCGGAUAGAAAACUCCAGGCACGACGAGUAUGACUUCGCAAAGGCAUUCACGCUCGAACCUCCCGAUUAUUGCGACGACCUUCCGAGUGCCGAAGUUACGGAUCUCGUCCGCAACGGUGGACUGGUGUUCUGGGGCCCUGCUGAAGAUGACAUCGACGUUAAGGAAGAGCAAGAAGAUCGCCAUGUCACGCAGCCAUCACCUCCGCGAAGGUCGCCUACGCAGGAUGGGUCUCACAUGCCUGGCGAACCAGAUGCUGAUGCUGCUUCUUCGACAUCGUCAGACGAGUUGAGAUUACGGGGGCACGCAUCCAUGGAACAGAUGACCAUCGCAAGCAGCGGCGGUAACGUCUUCGAGGCUGCAUCGCUGCGACCAGCACUAUGGAGUGAUCAUGACGAGGAGGCUGUUGCCAUGAUGCUCUGAGGCCCUGAGGUCUCCGGAUCCCCUCCUCUUUCCCUACUACAUAUAAUAGUCGUAAUACAGUUUGCGCCGUGGAAUGCACUCUGUCG